GCCAAGUACGCGGCGAACCGUGGUGAACCCAUGGAGGGCACGUUGGAUGAGCCUGCCGCCAAGGACUCGUCACGGAGCAGUCCCGACAAACAUCUGAAAGAUAUGAUUAUUCCAAACGGUGUCAACGGCAACUAUAGCGCUGAUAACGAAGAAUACAUGGAUACCAGUGAUAAUGCAAGCAAGACUGCAUCAAAAGAGAUUGUCACAGAGGAUGAAGAGGGCGAUGAAGAGGAGGACGACGGAGAUGAAGAGGAUGAUGAAGAUGAUCAUGGAAUGGAGAUCGAAUGCCAAGAGAGGCAAGGUGUAGGUAGUGAGCGAAAUGAGGGAGUAGGUAAUAAUAGUAAGGAUGGUGAAAUGUUCGACGCGAAAACUGACUUUGAAGUAUCCAAAUCGUCCGACGGUGUCAGUGAGACGAACAAUUCUAGUGAAGUGUCGAAAACUGAGUGUAAAAAUACGUCCUGUGAGGCUAUGGAGGUAGACGAACAGAGUAACAACUCCGACGUCGAGUGCCUCGACGAGAGUAUCACCGAGAUACAUCUGGACAACGACGAUGUGUUCAUCUCGAAGAAAACUAUCGAGAAACAGGACAAUGACAUGUCGUCAAACUGUAGCUGCAACAGCGACGACAUCGCUGACAGCAGUAUGGAGAAAUCCGAUAAGCUCUGCGAGGAGAAUGGAAGCUGUGGCAGUCCCGAUAUCGAGGAGAUUACAGAUGGGAAGAAUGGGCACAGCCCGUCAACGGCGGAGCGUAAGGAGAAGCAGAAGAAGCAACGAAAGCAGAUAGAUCUUAGUAACAUCACGCCGAGAAGGAGUUCGCGCAACAUCAAGCGAACGAGCUACAUAGAGAAGGAGCUAGAGGAAGAGGUAGAUGACGAUGGAUCUGACAUAGAGGAAAUUAAACCGGAGGAUCCGUUAGCCGGUAUCGACAGUAAGGACAAGGAAAACUCCAAACUGAAAUCACCGAUCAGGAGCAGCAAGACUACCAUUGUCGUUAACGAUACCAAACGCUUGGUAGAGAUUGCCGCCGGUAGUAAAUCGAUUAAAGGCGGGAAGAAGGAACCGACGUUAGUCAUAAUAGAUACAAAUUCGAUAUUGUCGGGCCGCGGUGGUGUUCCCGUGAGCAACAGCAAAUCUCACCACUCCAUCUCCAACUCUAGCUCCUUUCCGGUUGUUCCGAUAGGUUCCGGUAUGACGACGCAGACGAUGUAUCCCAACAUGAGAACGACCAUCACGCCGGUACCGAUGACUUCAAAAACAGCACAGCUCAGCCCGAAGACCAGCAGCAUGAGCACCACGAUCACGCCGACGGUACCGCCGAUUUUACCGACAUUGACCGACGACAUGUACGUGGUUGAGGCACCAUCUUUCAUAGUACCUUACGUGUACGAGAAACCGCCCUUGAGACCAUUGAAAGAGUUCGUUACGAAACUGGAGAAAAGUAUCGAGGAGAGAGAUAGAGAGGACAGGCAGAAGAAACUCGCUGAGGAGAACAAGGAUAACGAUGAGGAUCUCGUGGACGGCGGGAAGAAGGGCAGCGAGAAAUCGGAGGAAAGUGAAAGUGAGGGCAGAGGUAAAAGAGACGGGGAUGACAGAAGCGGUGACAGUUCAAUAGACUUGAUCGAGCACGGAUUCAGUAGCAUAGGUGACAAGUACGAGGCGCGAGCAGAUGAGAGAAGGCAGGAUAGCAAAAUACCGACGUACUUCGAGCAGCCGUUGGGCAAGUUCUUCAUGCAAAUUGGGAUGAACCUUGUACAGGAGUAUGUGCAAACCGAUCUCUUACGGACUCAAAAGCGUAAGCAGGGCAAGGGUAGCACGUCGGCCGAGACUCAAUUAGCUAUAAAUUCGCUUAUCAAGAAUCUAGAGUUUAGCAAAGAGAAUAACGAACCAUUCCACUUAGAGAUGAAGAAAUGCGAGUUCUGUAGUUUUAAAACAGAAUCAACCUUAGUCAUGCAGCAUCAUCUAGAGACUCCGCAUAUGCGCAAUUAUGUUUACAAGUGCAACUUCUGCUCGAUGGAGGUGCGCAGCCCGCACGAUAUUCUGUACCACAUGGAGGCGGAGCACAAUACUCGCGGCAGACUAGAGCGUGGCCCGGCGUUCCAUCAGUGCCCGAACUGCCCGUUCGAGGAUAAUCAGAAGGGCAAGUUGACGCGCCACAUUCUCGCCUGCACGAAGAAGUUCCGACCCGAGAGGAAUCUCGAACCAGCAGCGGAUUGGGAACCGCCCGCCAAGAUACCGAGAUUGAAUCGCGCGCGACCUGUCGGCCCAACCAAUCCGAGCGCACUCGCAAUGGCAAUGAGCGCCAAAGGCCCACAACCGUUAUUACCAAAAUUACUUCCCGCGCCGAUCACUGGUCGUGGAAGAGGGCGGCCGCCGAUGCAGCCGAGAUACUCCGAUAUGAAGACUCUACGACCAGGCGCUACUACAAUGCGGCAAGACAACGUUGCAGGAAUGAUGUAUCGUCCUACAUCGUCUGGUUUAUUAGUGCCCACGUCAUACCAGUUUGGUAGUAACCAAAUAUUCCAGGUGGUGGGUGGCUCUGGGACUGUCAUGUCGGCUGUCUCGGGAGUGAGUAGCAGUAGCGGCGGCAGUUCCGGUCAACCCACACCAAUUGCACUUGUACCCAACGUAAUCGACUCUCUGUCUAGGUUGUCCUCAUCACAGAACACAACGACCAGUCCGAAAAAUCCCACAGCGAAACUAUUAAGUCAGCCGAGUAUAUCUAUUACUCCAUUGCCACGUACAACGUCUCAAACUUCCAUUCCAGGAUCAGGAAGUUCUUCGAAAUCUGGAGGGAAGAAUACGUUUGUUAUAUGUGAAAUUUGUGAUGGAUAUAUUAAAGAUCUAGAACAAUUACGAAAUCACAUGCAGUGGAUCCAUAAAGUAAAAAUACAUCCAAAGAUGAUUUACAACAGACCUCCACUAAACUGCCAGAAAUGCCAAUUCCGAUUUUUCACGGAUCAGGGCUUGGAAAGACACUUAUUAGGAUCUCAUGGGCUUGUCACAUCCAGUAUGCAAGAAGCAGCAAACAAAGGAAAGGAUGCCGGUCGUUGUCCAGCUUGUGGCAGGGUAUAUCAAUGGAAAUUACUAAAUCACGUUGCUCGAGAUCACGGGAUGACAUUAAAGCCGGCACACCUAUCAUAUAAGUGUACAGUCUGCACUGCCACUUUCGGAAUGUACAAGCAGUUCGAGAAUCACGUAUACUCGGCACAUAGUGUCGUGGCGAAGAGGGUCAUGGAUAAGAAGAACGUGCCCGCGUCGCCUUCGUCCAGAUCGAACGAUUCGCUGCUGAAGCCGUUGAAGAUCAACGACGAGAUCACGAUCAUACCGCAGCCGGCGAAACCCACAACCAGAUCCGGUGCGACCCAAGGCAGAGGAAAAUAGCAAUGAUGAGCUUGAGUGAUACUUGUGACCUUGUCCGAUCGAAUUUCGCAUAACUUUGUGGUACUCCAUGCCGAUCGCUGCGAACAGUGAUUAACGUGCCGUGUACAUGUGUAUGUAUACUAUGCUUAAGACGCGAACCGCAACAUCUAAAGGGAAAAAAGAGAGAAAAAAAGGAAAGGAAAGGAAAAGAAACUUACGACUCUUUCGGCAACAGGAACCUCUAGUUGACUGCAUAAAAAUAUUCCAUCAAUGAUUAUAUCGAUAUAUUUAUUUAAGAAUUUUUAUUGUUGUUAUCGGACCUACAUAAAAUAGACUGUAAAAACAUUAAAAAGGGUGGCCUUCAGUCUGACUCCUUGGUUAAUCCUAGAGCUGCAUACUCCCGACCUAUAUAACGCCUAUGUGUAACACGGACUGGCUUCUCGCGCAAGGUAUACCCCCCCGUGCGUAUUUUCACGCCCGGUAUUGUGACGCGUCGUAACAUGUCACGCGCAGUGCGAAUUACUCCCCUGUUCUCCCUUACAUAGCGAAUUCUCUACGAUGUAAAUUCUUUUUCUAAGAUGAAUAUUCGAAUUUAUUCUAUUUUGUUAUUAAACGCUGAUAUGACUACUUGAGAAACCUAGAGAGUAUAUCGAUUGUCCUCUUACACAAUGUCCGACUUGAAUAGGACGAUAAAAGAACAACAUGUUUGCGGAGUAGUUUACGAACGAACAUACGAUGCGAUAAGUUGUACUAAUUGACCAGAGUGCCCUCGAACUGUCUCGCGAAUCUACAGUACGCAGGUACUAACGACAAGUGUAUACUAGCUUACCGUGUGUAUGCGGUUCUGUGGAUCGUGCACACACUACUAUUUUUAUUUCGUCAUCGUAUGUUUUUUUUCUUUUAAUCAAUGAAAUUAAUUAGUGAAAUUAUCGUCAUAGGUUUUUAUUUAUGAUACUUCAUAAAAUUCUACGAGAUAAUUUAUGUAACACGCGUAACUUUUCCUUUUUCUUUUUUUUAAUCGCAUCUUGUGUAAAUUGUAUCUAUUACUUAUAAGUUUGACCCUUUAGUCGCGCGUAUACUGUAUAAUAAAGCAGAAAAUAUCCAGUUUUAUUUUUGCGCUCGUAUGAGUACGACAAAAAUGUACAUUAACAUAGGGUAUAAUAUAAAGAAAUAUAUCAAUAAAAUAGGAUGGCACACAUUCGUGUAUACAUUUUUUCUGAUAAACGAUAAACGUGAAUAUGAAACGGAGCAUUGAUCCUGUUAGCACACAACGCGACGUACAUCUACAUUUAUAUAUGUAUAUAUAUAAUAUAGACAUUCACGAUAUUAUAUAUAUAAAUAUGUAAAAUUAUAAUAGUAUAGCAAUAGUGUAUUACAAGAAGAGAUGGGAAAAUAAAAAAAUGCAUAACGUAUCCAUUUUUUAAUUUUCUUCUUGUAUACACUCCGGAAAGAUCAUAGGGUUAUAUCAGUAUGUAGAUAGUCAUUUAAAAGAAGUAACGGGUUUAAUUUAGUAAUUUCAAUUUGCCCCGAUAAUUUUUGUACGUUAUUGUAGGAUAUAAUUUUAGAAGAAAUCGUAAUCAAUGAAAAAUAUAACAUAGUGCGUUUUUGCACUGUAUGGCUGUAUUAUUUAAUUCUUGCUACUUGCCGAACGCUUACUAUGGCAAGCCAUGUUGGUAAAACUAAGAAACAGACAUAAUUACGGAAAUAUAUAGUUUAUUGUAAUAAUUUGUACAAUAUUAUAUGAUUACAAAAAUAAAGUGUACCAACAUUGAACUAAA